AAUCGUCUUAAAUCGAGAUAUAAAUUAAUUUUAUUAAAAUAUAUUUCAAUAACAAAAUAACUUUUAACAAACCAAAUGUUUCUUUUAAAUUUAAAACCAACAAACCAAUACCCAACUAUACUCAAAGCCCUGUACACGCGUUAUUUAUCAGUUUCUAAAACUGGUAAAUCCACAACAAAAACUUCCCCCACCAAACCGGUACAGGCCGCAAAAAAAGAAAAACCAGUUCCCGCAAAACAUACACCGACAAAGGAAAAGAAACCCCAAAUAAAAACUGUACAAAUAUAUCGCUGGAAACCGGGUGAUAAACCUAAAAUGCAAACUUAUAAAGUUGAUCUAAGCAGCAUUAAUCCCAUGGUUUUAGAUGUAUUACUGAAAAUCAAAAACGAUAUAGAUCAAACUUUAACUUUUAGACGUUCUUGCCGUGAAGGUAUUUGUGGUUCUUGUGCCAUGAACAUUGGUGGCCUCAAUACUUUGGCCUGUAUUCAUAAAACUGAUACAAAUCUCUCAAAACCCUUAAGAAUUUAUCCCUUACCACAUAUGUAUGUUAUCAGAGAUUUGGUAACUGAUUUUUCACAAUUCUACGAACAAUAUCGUUCCAUACAACCGUGGCUGCAGCGCAAGGAUUUGAAGAAUGAAAUCCCCGGUUGUGCCCAAUAUCUGCAGCAUCCUAAAGAUCGUGAUGUUUUAGAUGGUUUAUAUGAGUGUAUUUUAUGUGCCUGCUGUCAGACUGCCUGCCCUUCGUACUGGUGGAAUAGUGAUCGUUAUUUGGGUCCAGCCAUUUUAAUGCAAGCCUAUCGUUGGGUUAUCGAUUCUCGGGAUGAGGCAACCGAAGAACGUUUGAAACGUUUAACAGAUCCUUAUAAACUAUAUCGUUGUCAUACUAUACUGAAUUGUACUAACACUUGCCCGAAAAAUUUAAAUCCUGCCAAAGCCAUUGUUAAAUUAAAGCAAUUAUUGGCUGGUUUAAAGACUAAAGACAAACCUAAGUUGGAGACGGAUAAAUUGUUCAAGGAAUAAAUACACAAAAUACCUACAUAUAUUUUUUUAAUUAAUUACAUAUAUAAAUAACUUUCAUUUGUAACAAAUACAACUCAAAUUUAUGUUCCUUCUUAUGCUACUUCUUCUUAUUAAAAUAUUACAGUAUGUUCGUCUA